AUGCAUUUCCAUAAGCUCGCAGUUGUUGCCCUUAGUGGCCUGGCCAUAGCCCAUCCCGGAGCCCACCACGAGCACGACCCGCACUCCGUUGCCUCCAAGCGAGACCUCCUGCGCAACUCACGUCGCGCUUUGGAUCUCUGCGCCGAUCACUUGGAAAAGCGUGGUGUUAACGACCGGGCUCGUGCCCGUCGUGCUGCCAUCAUGAAGGCAAAUGAGAAGCGGGCUAUCUUCUCCCGCGACACCGACAAGACCGUCAAUACCUCCCAUCACUCGACCCUCCAAGUCUCCGCCAAUACGCCCGAGUCCGAGCUCUUCUCCAAGAACCCCACCUGCAUCCUCGCUCCCGAAGGGGAGGUUGGUCCCUUCUGGGUGAACGGUGAGCUUGUCCGAUCCGAUAUUCGCGACGGUCAGCCGGGUGUUCCUCUUAUCCUAGACGGACAAUUCAUCGACAUCAACACCUGUGAGCCGAUCCAAGCCCUCUGGUGGGACGUCUGGAGCUGUAACUCUACUGGUGUCUACUCGGGUGUCCAGAGCGACGUGAACGGUAACGGAGAUGACUCCUCGAACCUGAACAAGACCUUCUCUCGCGGAAUCCAAAAGACCGAUGCCGACGGCGUGGCUCAUUUCAAGACUAUGUUCCCUGGUCACUAUAGCGGUCGUGCUACCCAUAUCCAUGUCAUUGCCCAUACCAACGCCCACAAGCUGGCGAACAAUACUCUCACCGGCGGACACAUUUCCCACAUUGGUCAGCUUUUCUUUGAUCAGGAUCUGAUUAGCAAGGUCGAGGCUACCCAUCCCUACAAUACCAACACUGCCGACAUCACCAAGAACAUUGAUGACCAUGUUGUCAUUGUAGAGACCGAAGACUCGACCUCUGAUCCUUUCUUUGAAUAUGCUCUGCUCGGUGACUCGAUCGAGGAUGGUGUCUUUGGUUGGAUUACCCUGGGUGUCAAUGUGACUGCCAGCCACGAUUCCGAUGCCUCUUACGCUGCCACGCUUACUGCCAGCGGCGGUGUGAGCUCUUGA